GCGAGGGAAGCGUGUGUCGACCUUGCGAUCGAUGCAUAUAGGGGAAUCUCUGGUGAAUCAUAUAUAUAAGCUAUUGCUUCGUUAGUGGCAGCGUUAGCCAUCUUCCCGGACCACCUCCAACCUGCUUUCGAUCCUCUCCUGUUAACCUGCCCGGCGGAGGCCCAGCAUGUUCACCCGAGUGGCGGCCGUGCUGCUCAUCCUGCACAUCCUCUUGUUCUUCGUCGGACGUACGUUGGUCGCUCCAGCCGACGCAAUACACACUCUUAUUCGAUUCUUUAGAAGAGGAAAAGAAAAGCAGGAGACAGCGGUUGCGAAUGGCCUGUCCCCCACGCACCUCGACAUUGAUCACUGCGCUUAAUUACAAGAGGGGGGUAUUAUUCUGGAACAGCGAAAACCAAUCUGCUGCAGCAACAAAAGCGGC